GUCACAUGAUCAUUCUAAUCAUCACAGGUCGUUCAGCCACAUUCUUUUCUAUCCUACUGAGCUCCGCCUACUCCGAUCACGUGAUUUUGACAUCAUCGCGGAUUCUGCACCUUCUGUAUAUAGCAGAUACAAAGCAGAGCGGAGUUCCUAUACGGUGAUACAUUCAGCUGUAAUUCGGCUUCACAGGAGGUUUCCCCUGCAGUCUCUAUCAUUCCUGGUGUUCUAGCACCAUCUGUGGGUGCUUUUUCGGUUUUUUUUUUCUCUCCUUUGAUCCUUUCCCACAUUAUUACCUUACUAUACAAUUCAUUAUACUGGAAUUACAACAUCAUUUGUGGGUGUUUAUAGGUAUUUCUCUACCCUAAUCCUCUCCCCACAUUACUAUUCGUUACUAUAUAUUAUUUACAUAUUCAGAUUAAUUAAAUAUUUAUUAUUUAGUGCACACUAUGUCCACCCAAGAGAAAUCCUCUACUAAAGAUUUGAAAUCCAUGACUUUGGAUGAAAUUCAGUCUCUAGUCAAUGAAUCGGUGUCCCGGUCUGUACAGAGGGCCAUGACAACACUGCAGGAGACAAUUGCUAGAUCUGUGGCGCUUGCUAUCGAUCAAGCUAUGCCUCAACAAUCACCAUUAGAUCAGUUUUGGUCUGCAGAGGACACUGCUCAUUCCUCUAAGGGUUGCAAACCUACAGACAAAUCAAUAAAAAAGAGGCAUAUCAUUCUUGACGACUAUACCCCCUCUAAGCUUAGGAAGCUGCAUAAGAAAAGGGAAAGUGAAGUAUACUUUGAAGGCUCACAACAAGCUUGCAGCGAUGACAUAGGUGUCACAUUGUCACACCCUGAACCCUCCGCCCGGGAGGAAGUAAAUGGCGAUGGGGUUCGGACAGCCUCUAAUAGAGUUAAAGCUGACUCUUAUAUGGAGUCUUCUAAUGAUUUUUCCACUAUAGAUUAUGAAGACUCAGACCCUGAGGAUUCUGUUCAUUCUCAGGACAUAUGUGAGGACAGUGAUACUGUCUCCCCUAACCCUGUUAAUCAAGAUAUUAUUUUAGACAGUAAUGGGAUUCCAUAUUUUGAUCCCUCACAAAUUAAACCCCUAAGCUCUGGGGAACGGGUUCCCCAUCCCCAGAUUCUAAAAUAUUUAAAUUUGUGGAUCAGAAAAGGUCUGGAUAAAACGGCAAGGAAUAAAUUGAGAGCCGAGUGUCCCCGUCCUACAUUACCCUUGAAGGCAGCUGUUACUCCCGAUAUUGACCCAAUUUUAAUAAAAUAUUUAAUAAAGUCUGGUAAAAACCCCAAAAAGGGUCUAGAUAGAUCUUUCAAAGCAUGCCAGGAUAAAUUUCUGGAUUUGCUUGGUCCUCUUACUAAAAUAUUAGACCUCUCAGAAGAGGCCGCCUCUACCGGCAAUCCUGUCGAUGUAAACGUUUUAAAAGGCUUGGCUCAGAGAGCUAUUUGUAUGUUUGGGAACACCAAUGCAGCUUUCUGUGCCGAACGCCGUCGCGCCAUAUUAAUGAAGUUGGAUCCCCAACUUUGUCACUUGGCCACCUCAGAGUCAAGAACUCCCACUGACGGGAUGUUAUUUGGUGAAUCCUUCAUCAAAGAAAUCUCUAAAUUUGUACGACUCUCUUCUACUUUAGAUAAGGCUCAGGCCUCUCUAAAGUUUUUUGGUAGGGCUGGGAGAAGCAGGGACCACUUUCCCAGCCGCAAUUCACAAUUUAGACAGACACAAAAAGGCCCUUCCCAGACUAACAGACCCUCAUAUCCCAUACCCUACACAAAACCUUCCCCGUUCUUUCCCACCAUAGAAGGACUUAGGAAAUCCAAGGGACGACGGGACUUCACCAGGUUCAGACCCUCCGCAGCAUUUUAGAUUCGCAUGGAUGACAGAUCAUCCUCACAUCUUUAUCUGGUUCGGUUCAAGCCGAGAAGUGUGGAUUCUUGUAGUCUUCAUUUUCUGUUUGACAUUCUUCUAUUUUACUCAUCUGUCCUUGCUACCAUCAAAGAAAGAUUGAUACUUCUAUGAGACACCACCUGGGCUCUGUUCCUAUUGUCUAUUUUAUGGUCGCAUAGCAUGUUUGAUUGCACUGUUCUUAAAGUUUUCUGUAGUAUACAUUUUAACUAUUUCACUGCUAAACAGUAAAGAAAGAGUUGCAAUGCAUAA